GUUCCGUUCAUACCUCCACCCGUCUCAACGCGUCAUUUCGACUUGGCUUCUCGACGGCUCGCCACCACUUCCCUCACCUACUCCUCCUCAUAAUGCCCUCGGACCGCUGGGCAAAGCACGACGCCGCCAUGGGCGAGCUUUACGAGCGCGUAGAGCGCGAGAAAGCAGAGGCAGACGCCGCCAAGGAGGCCUCAGCUAUUGAGCAGGCUCAAUACCAGGCACAACUGGAGGCGCAGCGCGCAGCAUAUCUUGCAAACCCCGCCGCCUCUUCAGAGACUACCCUUGUAGCCGGGCACAGUCACCAGCCAGAGCAGAGUGUUGCGACUCUCCGCCACCGCCAGGCAGACGACUCGGAGAAGGCUGCUGGCGCCUGGGAUAAGUUCAUCCGCUGGCAGGCCAAGCAUUACCGCACCAACCUGCUGGACAAGCCAAAGCCGGGGGCGCCACAGGCCUGACCCCCGAUAAGUGAUAGUAGAAGCGAUUAGAUCCAAGGGUGUGUCCCUACUCAUGUGAUGUUACGAGGCCCAACUGAGGGCUGCCCGACGUGCCGCAUGAAUUGCGGAUCCUCAGCUCGGCUAUCUCUCGGAUGCGCGAAUUGCCACGAACGGCGUUGCGGUCAGAUUUCAUUCCAUUCACGUCCGAGAGGCCGAACACGACCGCUUGCGAGCCAUUGACCGCGAUA